AUGUUGGGUUUCACCAGCUUAAUUAAUCAACCAAGUGCAACUGAACGAACAAGCAUGUUGUGUGCAAGACUCAGGGAUGUGAAGAAGAUCCUUGUUAUAUGGGACGAUGUUUGGGCCAAACUUGAUUUGGCAGCCGUGGGCAUUCCAUUUGGUCGUGAUCACAAGGGUUGCAAAAUCAUAAUCACAACACGGCGUGAGCAAGUAUGCAAUUCCAUGGGAAUGGAAACGCUGAGGACAAAGAUUGUUCAUCUCAGUGUUUUAUCUGAAAAUGAUUCAUGGCACUUGUUCAAAAAGAAUGUUGGCCAUGUUGUUGACUCUAACGUGUUGACUGUCGUCGCUAAUGAGGUUUGUAAAGAAUGUGGAGGCCUACCAAUAGCACUUGUUACGGUUGGAAGUGCAAUGAAGAAUAAUGAUGACCCUACUUUAUGGGAUGAGGCAGCUCGAGAAUUGAGAAAAUCAGUGCCAACAAACAUUGAAGGUGUCAAUCAACAUGUGUACAAAAGUCUUAAGUUGAGCUAUGACUAG